AUGUCAUCAUUAGUCAAGGGGUUGUUUAGUAACACGAGAAAGUCUAUUGACUUGUCCUCGAAUCCUCUCAAUAUAUCUAUUCAAAUCCGUACUGCCAAGAAGAGAGUUUCUGGUUCCAAAACCAACAAUAAAGAUUCAGCUGGUAGAAGAUUGGGUGUUAAGAAACAGGAAGGACAUUUCAUUCAAACUGGUGAAAUUAUCAUGAGACAAAGAGGUACUGUUAUUCAUCCAGGUGAAAAUACAAGUAUUGGUGUAGAUCAUACUAUUUAUGCUACUGAACCAGGUUAUGUUAGAUUUUACCUUGAUCCUUUCCAUCCAUUAAGAAAAUAUGUUGGUGUUGCAUUGAAAAAAGAUGUUAGAUUACCAAAACCACAUUUUGAACCAAGAUUGAGAAGAUUUGGUUACAUUCCAAUUGAAAAUCCAAUCGAAGCAGAAAAAGAAGAAGCUAGUAUGUCAAGAAAGGAAUUAUUGGCACAAGAUAAAUUGAAUGAAAUUAAAGAAACUAAAUCGAAAGCUAAAGAAACUUUCAUUAAUUCCUGUAAAGAAGCAUUGAAUUCAGUUUAUGGAAUGGGAUUAGAAGGUCAACAAUUAGAAGAUGCCAGUGAAAGAUUAUACAAUAUUUAUCAAUUACGUUCCGUUGGACAAUCAUUAUCUGAAGCUAGAACUCAAGUUACAUUCAAUCAACUUUAUGACAUCAACUUACAAGUCAGAAGAAAUGAAAUUACUAAAGAUCAAGUUAAAGAAUUACAAAAUCAAGUCAAAGAAUUCAUCAACAAAAUAGAUUCCGCCAUUGGUGUUGAAAGCAAUGGUUUACUUUACAAGAAUUUGACUGAAGAAGAAACUUUAUCUUUGAGAAAGGAAACCAGUGAGAAAUUGGCCAAACUUUAUAAAGAAAAUGCUCUUGAUAAAGAAUACAGAAAACAAGCCAGUGAACUUAUCAAUACCCCAGGUAUAUUUGAAGCUAAAGAAAGAAAAGAACUUACCUUGGAAUACUUGCCAGAAGUAUUACCACUUGAUGUUCCAGGAUCUGUUGUUGAAAUUACUGAUGCAAAGAACGCACCAAAGGAUCUUGUGAUACAACGUAUUUAUGAUGAAGCCAAUAGAAAGGUUAAGCUUGUGGGUAGACCAAAAGAAGCCUUUGCUACUUUGUAA